GCCAGAAAUCGAGACAAAUCAAUCAGCAACUGAAGGAAAAACUGAUGCUAUUGGAAAGCGAACGUGAUGAUCUCAGGGAGAAAUUCAGGCAGAACGAAGUGAUCAUUGUUGAUAAGAAGAACGAGUUAAACAACCUUCUGGAGGAAUUGCAGAAAGAAAGAAGGGCUAAUCUGGAACAAUCCCAGAGACUGCAGAUUUGUAGAGAACAGAUUGAAUCGAUUAACCAGUUUAUAAAAGAACUGAAGCCCAUCAAAGAACAACUGGACUUCAAAAGCAACGUGACCGAAUGUCUACACGAACUCCUAGUGAAGACCAAGCUAAGGAUUGCCGAAAGCGACGACCUCCUUCAAGAACUCCACGAUCACUACACCGCUCUAGAAUACGAUGUGGAGAAGUCCAAAGACAUUUACUACAAAGGAAUCAAUCAGUGGCAGGACGAAUUUUUAGCCGCCAGAUUAAGAGAGGCCGACGUGAACCUAGAAUUCGACAAACUAAAACGAGAUAUAGCCACGAUCAAAUAUGACUUAGAAGAACGACGAUUGGUAAGAGUUUUCCAAAAGAAUGUUUUAUUUUUAUUUGACUGA